CAAUACCAGCUGACCUACAUCAUCGUUGGACACCAUUCUGUUUUGCAGUACUGCUUGCCACUUGUUAUCUUUAGAGCGCACUUAGCAACUUUUGCAAAUUCAGUCGGGCCGAUUCGAAACGAGGGUGGCCCGCAGGAGUCAUGCAGCUCUUCGAUCUCUAAGGCACCAUCGCAGCUGAAAGCCAACAACGUUUUUACUGUUGCAGAGAAAUGUCGUCCAGCACACCUAGCCCGUUAAGUAGCACUCUGAGUGUGUUGUCCUCGACGGCAUCCGUCAUCGUUUCGUCCACAGCUGAGCCUCAGGACAACUCGACAAUCGAGCCGAUUUUUCUCCAAACAAAGACCGCGCAGGGCAUCGCAGGGGCCUUUGUAUGGGUCGCUCUAGUUCUCACUUGCCACCAGAUUUACCAGCAUCUGAGGUGGUACAGCAACCCUUCUGAACAGCGCUGGAUUGUGCGGAUUCUGUUCAUUGUGCCUAUUUACGGCUUCUAUUCCUGGCUCAGUUUGAUGUUCUUCAACAAUGAGAGCUAUUAUGUUUACUUCUUCACAGUUCGUGACUGCUAUGAAGCGUUCGUGAUCUACAGCUUCUUGAGCUUAUGUUACGAAUAUUUGGGCGGCGAAGGAAACAUCAUGAGUGAAAUCCGUGGCAAACCCAUCCGUUCGUCGUGCACUUACGGCACCUGCUGCCUAGUUGGAAAGACCUAUACAAUAGGAUUCCUCCGCUUCUGCAAACAGGCCACCCUCCAAUUCUGCCUCGUCAAGCCUUUGAUGGCCCUCAUCAUCAUCAUUUUGCAGGCCUUUGGCAAAUACCACGACGGUGAUUGGAGCUUUGCAAAGGGCUACUUCUACAUCACAAUGAUCUACAACGUGUCUGUCAGCUUAGCUUUGUACGGACUCUUCCUCUUUUACUUUGCGACUAGAGACCUCCUCACACCCUUUGACCCUGUCCUCAAGUUCUGCACCGUCAAGUCCAUCAUUUUCCUGUCCUUCUGGCAAGGCGUCCUGCUGGCUGUGUUGGAAAAAGCGGGCGCGAUCGCCCCGAUCAUCGACAGCUCAGGCAUGCCGACCAGUGCAGGUACAGUUUCCGCCGGCUACCAGAACUUCCUGAUCUGCAUUGAGAUGUUCUUUGCCGCCGUCGCGCUGAGGUUCGCCUUCCCGCACACGGUGUACGCGCAGGGCUGCCUGCGGGACGCGAGCGGCCGCUCCGUCACCAUGCACAGCAUCUCGUCUAGCUUAAAGGAAACGAUGAACCCUCGCGACAUCAUGACCGAUGCCAUCCACAAUUUUCACCCGCAGUACCAACAGUACACACAGUACAGCUCUGGGGGUGGCACGACGCACAGAGGCACACGGAAUUCUAAUUACGACCUGGAGUACGAAGCAGCACCCACCGACCCGAACGUGGCACCCCAACCUCCGACCAAGAAACAGACCAACCGCACAAGUGUGAGCACCAUCAGCAACCAGCAACACACGGAAAAGUCAAUGCUGCUAAGCUCUGACGACGAGUUGCAAUGAACGAACUGGAAACGCACCGAACCCGUUAUACAUGUACCUUGUACAUUUCCUCAGCAAUCUUGCUACAGUCUGACUUUGAUCUCCCCCUCGUUACGGCAGCAAAGUCUCAGCCACAUUCUGUUUUGCUUUGGUUUGCACAGUCAUUCUGGAGCAAUUUUAGUUGCAUUUUCCAAGUGACAUAAAUUCAUUGUGAUUAUAUUUUUUAGCCUCAAAAGGGUUGGACGUCAUUUCAUAUGAUAACAGGUUCCUUUGAUUGUGGUUUUCCUAUAGGUCCUUUAAUUAAAUUUGGCAAAACAAAGCCCAAAGUGAGAAGGUAACUUAAGCUCUGUUUCGCCAGAUAAAUUUCUCUGUUGAUUAGUUUUACCCAGGGUUCAAGUUUAAAAUGUUUGUUCGUUGUAUAUUGUAUGUGUCGCUAAUCUUUUUUGCGAUGUUCUCUGAUCAGAAACGCGCUACGAUAUCAAAACAUCUCCAGUCCAUGUUAUGGAGGCUGUUGCUCAUGGAUGAUUUUUACCAUUGACGGAUGUCAUUGAAAUCUCCUUGAUUAAGAGUCACCAGAAGUCUUUAAGUGUUAAAACUAUUUGAGGGUUAAAUGUUGCAUUUUAUGGGCAAAAUGCUGUGAGAAAAAUCAAGGUCAAAUGAGUACUGGUUUUAUAAAAUAUAAAAAAUGCAAGCCUUGGAAACAGAACUGCAUAUUUUCGUCUAUGCAUUUUUGACUGAGGUGUUGACAGAUAAGCAAAAUUGAUAUUUUUCUUCAAUAUGGUGAUUGGCAAUUUUGAUUUUACCGAUCGAAAUUAUAGAGCAAUUUCAUUCUGUUUGAAAAGACCUUGCAGAAAAAAUCUACAAAUGUCUAUUAUA